GAUAACGAGGGAAGAAGAUGGCUGACCAAAAUUCAGAGGAUGUUGAAUUGAAUAAGGAAUCCAACCAUUCUGAUAGCUCCUGUGAUGAGAGUGUGGCCGAAUUAACAGACUCAGACUUUUACAUAAUGAUCUAAUUAUUAUGUAAAAGUGGAGAAUGAGUAUUAGAGUAAAAAAGCAUAGAUAAAGAAGAUACUCAAAAGGUAAAGGUAAACGCAUAUGUGUUUUUCUAACCAGGAAACUUUCUCCCUUGAAACUUUCAAAGUUAGAUGGGUUGAUUUCAGCAUUGGUGAUAAAGAGGGGUUCAUUCGCUAUGAGAAUGAUGGUGAUGCCGAAAAGGCAUUGAAAGCUGUACUUGAGAAAAAUGAAAAUAAAGUAAACUUACGUGGUGUAGAAACAACUCUACGUGUGAUCGAAGGAGAUGAGGAGAAGGGUUACUGGAAGAAGUCGAAAGAGGAGUUUGACAAACAUCGUCAGAGAAAUAAGAGAGGAGGAAAGAGACAACAACACUGGAAACAUGGCAAACGAGGUAGACAUGAUGGCCAUUCAAAUGAUGAACCACCUGUAAAACAAGCUAAGCCAGACACCUAAGUAUACCUAACAGUACUAUUUAUACAAAGUACCACUGUAUGACUAAAAUGUCCACAGUAUUUUGAGCACUGAGUCUGUUGUUUGGUAGAAUGUGUCAAGUGUUGUUCAUGUUGUGUUUUAUAGGCAAUAUGAAAUAAUGCAACUUGUUGUGAAUAUGAUUCUACACAA